AUCUCGAGAUUCGAGACUGGAGGAGAAUUCAGUGAAUCUGCUGGCCUUGCCUUCACCAUUGACGGUUCCUCAGUCGCCGUCUUGCUUGGAUCUCGCGACUCUUGCAUUUUCUGUCCCUAAACUCGGCCGUCGCCUCGCCCAUCUAUUAUCUCACAGUCACCGUUCGUUGUCGGGUCUCGCGAGCGAGCGGCCAUCAUCAUGCCGGAAAUCGAUCCCGAUCUCGACGAGAAGAACCCCCCGGCCCUCGAUGAGGACGAUAUCGCUCUCCUAAAGACAUAUGGUCUGGGUCCGUACUCGACGUCGAUCAAGAAGGUGGAGAAGGACAUCAAAGACAUGGCCAAGAAGGUCAACGACCUGUGCGGCAUCAAGGAGUCGGACACGGGUCUGGCGGCACCGAGCCAGUGGGAUCUGGUGUCGGACAAGCAGAUGAUGCAGGAGGAGCAGCCGCUGCAGGUGGCGCGCUGCACCAAGAUCAUCAGCCCCAACACGGACGAUGCCAAAUACGUCAUCAACGUCAAGCAGAUCGCCAAGUUCGUGGUGGGGCUGGGGGACCGUGUCUCACCCACUGACAUUGAGGAGGGCAUGCGAGUGGGAGUGGAUCGCAACAAGUAUCAGAUCCAGAUCCCCCUGCCGCCCAAGAUCGAUCCGAGUGUGACGAUGAUGACGGUGGAGGAGAAGCCAGACGUGACGUAUGGCGAUGUGGGCGGGUGCAAGGACCAGAUAGAGAAGAUGCGGGAGGUGGUGGAGCUGCCCAUGCUGCACCCUGAGAAGUUCGUCAAGCUGGGAAUCGAUCCCCCCAAGGGAGUGCUCUGCUACGGUCCCCCCGGCACGGGCAAGACCCUGCUGGCGCGGGCGGUGGCGAACCGCACAGAUGCAUGCUUCAUCCGCGUUAUAGGCAGCGAGCUGGUGCAGAAAUACGUGGGCGAGGGGGCAAGGAUGGUCCGAGAGCUGUUCCAGAUGGCGCGCUCCAAGAAGGCGUGCAUCAUCUUCUUCGACGAGGUGGACGCCAUCGGUGGGGCGCGGUUUGACGAUGGGGCGGGCGGCGACAACGAGGUGCAGCGCACAAUGCUGGAGAUAGUCAACCAGCUGGAUGGGUUCGAUGCGCGCGGGAACAUUAAAGUGCUCAUGGCUACCAACAGGCCCGAUACCCUUGACCCAGCUCUGCUCCGCCCCGGGCGGCUGGAUCGCAAGGUGGAGUUCGGGCUGCCGGACCUGGAGGGGCGCACUCACAUCUUCAAGAUCCACACACGCACGAUGAACUGCGAGCGGGACAUCCGUUUUGAGCUGCUGGCUAGGCUGUGCCCCAACUCCACUGGAGCGGACAUCCGCAGUGUGUGCACGGAGGCGGGCAUGUACGCGAUCAGAGCGCGGCGCAAGACAGUGACGGAGAAGGACUUCCUUGAGGCAGUGAACAAGGUCAUCAAGGGGUACCAGAAGUUCAGCGCUACACCAAAAUACAUGGUGUACAACUGAGUGUACACUGUACAUACGGUUAUGGUUGACUUGACUGCCAUGUGAUGUGACAGCCAGUGUUCCUAAUGCACACGUCAGCACAGGUGGGGAGUUGAUGUGACAACUGGAUGUCAGCUCGUUUUAAAUGUAACCACUUGUUCCACUUAGUCAACUCUAAAGUCAGCGUGUUUUGGUUUCAGCUGCAGUCUAGCUGAUAUACGGUACCAUAUUAAUAUAAUUAAUUCAAACAC